UGAAGAUGAAGAAAUGGAUACCUCUGAAUACGACUCAGAUUAUCUGUCAUAUUUACAAGAUGCAUCCUAUAAUCAACAGGAUCCUUCAAGUGACGAAGAAGGAGCAUACACUCUUUUUAAUAAAGACGUAAAUUAUCCUUCAAAUUCUCAAUUUUCAUUCUAUGAUCAACAAGACCCUUCAAGUGACGAGGAAGGAGCAGAAUUUUCGAACAAGAACGACAUAUAUCAUUCUUCAAAUUCUCCAUUUGCAUCUUAUGAACAACAAACUUUUUCAAGCAACAUAGGAUCAGGCAUUCCUUUUAAGAGAGACAUAGAUUAUUCGCCAAAGUCUCCAUCUGUAUCCUAUAAUCAACAGGAUCCUCAGAAUUUGAUACGUCAAAUUCAACAGAGAGCCUUUCAAGAUUAUCCCUCAAAAAAUUUACAGCCGACCUAUCAAAAUUCAUUGAAUAUUGCGGGAAAAUCAGAUCAAACAUCACAACAAUAUUGUAAACCCCCUAUUUCACUUUUUCCAGAUCAACUUUCACCUAUUCGAUUCGGUCACAAAGCUGCAUCAAAUAUUCGAACACCGAAUUCGCCAGUUGAUUACAACAAU